AUGCCUUCCGCACCACAAGUCGUUGCCCUCGAGAAGGAGGACCACCAGCGCGAUGCUGAGUUCAAGAAGGUCAUGCACGGCGACUCUGCCAAGGCCGCUGGUGGUGUCGCUGCUCUGCUGAAGAAGAACACCGAGGCUCAGCAGAUCGCCGUUGACGAGUACUUCAAGCACUUCGACAACAAGACUGCCGAGGGCGAGACCCAGGCUGAUCGCGAGGCCCGUACCAAGGAGUACGCGACCUUGACCAGGCACUACUACAACCUCGCGACCGAUAUCUACGAGUAUGGCUGGGGCCAGUGCUUCCAUUUCUGCCGCUUCUCCCCCGGCGAGCCCUUUUACCAGGCUAUUGCCCGCCACGAGCACUACCUCGCUUCCCAGAUCGGCAUCAAGAAGGGCAUGAAGGUUCUCGAUGUUGGUUGCGGUGUUGGUGGCCCUGCGCGCGAAAUCGCCAAGUUCACUGACGCCCACAUCACCGGCCUCAACAACAACGACUACCAGAUCGACCGCGCCACCCACUACGCUGUUCGCGACGGCCUCUCUGGUCAGCUCAAGUUCGUCAAGGGCGACUUCAUGCAGAUGUCCUUCCCCGACAACUCGUUCGAUGCCGUCUACGCCAUCGAGGCCACAGUCCACGCUCCCAAGCUCGAGGGUGUUUACGGCGAGAUUUACCGUGUCCUUAAGCCCGGUGGUGUCUUUGGUGUCUACGAGUGGCUCAUGACCGACAACUACGAUAACGACAACGUUGAGCACCGUGACAUCCGUCUCGCCAUCGAGGUCGGCAACGGUAUCUCCAACAUGGUGCCCAUCAGCGAGGGUCUUGCCGCCAUGAAGAACGUUGGUUUCGAGCUCCUCCACCACGAGGAUCUUGCUGACCGCAACGAUCCCAUGCCCUGGUACUGGCCGAUUGCUGGUGAGCUCGGCUACAUGCAGAGCUACCUCGACUUCUUCACCGUCGUCCGCAUGACCCACACUGCCCGUCGCAUCCUCCACGGUUUUGCCGGUGUCCUCGAGACCGUCGGCCUUGCUCCCAAGGGUACCAAGAAGACCGCCGAUGCGCUCGCCCGUGGUGCUGAUGGUCUCGUCGCCGGCGCCAAGAAGAACCUCUUCACCCCCAUGUACCUCAUGGUUGGCAAGAAGCCCCUCAACUAA